UUUCAUAACAUCCCCAAUUCUUACAUUACUUUCUAAGACACAUACAUUCAUCUAAACGAUGUCUAGCCCCCCUUGCGACAAGUCCUUUUGCAGCAACUACAUGCUGCUAAAUCCUGAAGAUGCUGAGCUAGGCGAUGUGUUUAAUAUCCUCUUCUCCAGCGAUAUUUCAAAGAGGAAAUUCGUCGACUGCCCCGAUGGCACCGAGGAGCCGUUAGGCCGCCGAUGGAUCAUUUUUAUUUCUAUUUUAGCGCAGAAAUUCUUGCAGGCAACGGCUAAGCCUUUGGCGUCCUUUGGCUCCGGUGUCGAAUAUUGGCUCAAUUUGCUGUCCGGGAAUGGAGGCUUUUUCGGCCUCCUCAAGAAUACUCUUAUAGCAAAGGUUGUUCAACCGGACAAUACAUCAUCGGAUUAUUUCUCGUUCAUUGGAAACCUCGACAAACGGCUCCAAUUAGACCCGACAAUCAUCCCCGGCGAGAAGAGAUAUUAUGCUGCACUUUCUAUAAUGGCGGCCAAGGCAUCUUAUGAGAACAAGAAACACAUCAAAUCUGUUGUUGAGGACCAUUGGGAGAUGAAUUUCGUCGACUCCUAUGAUUUCUGGAAUGAUUAUCAAGGAAAAACCACAACACAAGCUUUCAUAAUGGACGACAAGAAAAACACAAUCGUCGUAUCAUUCCGAGGAACAGAGCCCUUCGACGCGGACGCAUGGUCUUCCGACGUGGAUCUCUCCUGGUACGAGCUACACGGGAUCGGGAAGAUGCACGGUGGAUUCAUGAAAGCUCUCGGCUUGAUCAAGAGCAAAGGCUGGCCGGUGGAGCAAGACCCCGAGCAACAAGAAACCGCGUAUUACGCCAUCAAGAAACAGCUCAAGAAGCUUCUCGAAGCAAACGAAAAGGCCAAGUUCGUAGUCACCGGCCACAGCUUAGGCGGCGCGCUAGCAGUUUUAUUCCCGGCGAUUUUAGGGCUACAUGGUGAUUCAUUCUUGCUCGAUAGAUUGGAGGGAGUCUACACAUUCGGACAGCCAAGAGUUGGAGAUGACAAAUUCGGACAAUACAUGAAUGAUCUAAUCGCAAAGCACGAUUUCACGUGCAUCAGAUUCGUUUACAGCUACGAUUUGGUGCCGAGAUUGCCUUACGAUGAUUCCAAUUUCUUGUUCAAGCAUUUCGGUACUUGCAUUUACUUCAACAGCCUGUAUACAGGAAAAAUCGUUGAGGAAGAGCCUGACAAGAAUUAUUUUUCGAUAAUAUGGAUGAUUCCGAAGUUCUUCAAUGCAUGUUGGGAGCUGAUUAGAAGUUUCAUCAUAAAGUAUUUUAAAGGGCCGGAUUACGCGGAAGGAGGCCUGCUUCGAUUGUUUCGGGUGAUCGGAGUGUUGGUUGCCGGAGUGCCGGCGCAUUGCCCUCAAGAUUAUGUGAAUGCUACGAGGUUGGGAUUGUCGGAAGACGUGUUUCUGUCCUCGAAUGGACAGAAAACUUUGAAGACGCAAUAAUGGACAAAAUUGUGUUGUGAAUUAGUUUUAUUUUCUAUUUACGAUUGAUGUGUUGAGAAAGGAAGAAUGUGGCGUUGAUGCUAAAUAAAAUAAAAUUUCAUUUUA